AUGUCAUGUUUACUAGCACACCGAUCAGUAUGGAGGAAACAGGUGACUGAAAGCUUCAGCAAACUGCUUUGGCAGACCACAAACAGGAGUUAUGCUAGGUACCUCUCAACAUGGGAACAGGAUGUGGAGCAGGGUUCCGAAGACUCAAAAAAGCCUCCAUUGUCAGGCCGAGUGCAUAUCCUUGGUCUUGGGAAUGUAGGCUCUUUCAUCGCCCACGGCCUGGCCUCUCGAUUACCCAGGCCGCCUAUUACAUUGCUUUUCCACCGCCCGGAAAUGAUUGCCAACUUCCGGAAGAGGAAGUACAAUAUUGGCAUCAACACCGAUGGGUUAGAUGACAAUAAGGCAGGCUUUGAUAUUGAAGUUCUCGACUCGGAAAAGCAAACCUGGUAUUCCGUACCCACAACGGAUGAAGAACGUUCAAAAAGUUCAUACCGAAACGGCGAGCUUCCUGAGGAUGCGCGGCCACAUCGCUUGACACCGGAUUCGACUAUCCUUAUUGCACAGAAUGGCGUUGGCGUCGUAGACAUGCUCAACAGGUCUCUAUGGCCUGACCCUGCAACCCGCCCCAAUUACAUGCAAGCAGUCAUUAGCCAUGGUCUUUCAUUUACUGGCAAUUUCCAGGUCGCCCAUAAGGGGGUUGGAACCAUGAUCAUCAGUCCCACAGUCACCCCAGGCUCGCCAAUAGUCGCGGCUCAUGAAAACACCGACUGGGCACCUUCUACAAAAUACCUCAUUCGUCUCCUCACCCUCACACCUUCUCUGGUUGCUCAAGUUGAAUCUCCAGCCAACCUUUUCCAAAUUCAGUUGGAGAAACUGGCCAUUAAUUGUAUCAUCAAUCCGCUCACGGCUAUUUACGAGUGCCGAAACGGGGAGCUUCUCUACAUCUUCAACGCCACUCGCGUCGAAGCUCGGUUUGCGCCAGAGCGACUUCGCCGCUUGAUUACACAGACGAUGCACACAACUUCGCAGAACAUCAGUUCUAUGAGCCAGGAUAUCAAACGGAGGAAGCCAACUGAGAUUGAAUAUUUGAAUGGUUGGAUUGUGCGCCGUGGUGAAGAGCUCGGCAUGAAAUGCGUGUUGAACUACAUGCUAAAGCAGAUGGUUCUCACCAAAGCAAUUAUGACCGAGCGAAAACACGACACUGUGAUCCCGAUAGAUACGACAGAUGGCCCUUUUAGUGACUCUCUUGAAGUUGGGAAGAGUUCUGAAGAUUCUGAUCCUCAUCUAUUUUGA